AUGUCUGAAAACCAGGAUGUUUCGUUUGCUGAUCUAGGGAUAUCUCCUUGGCUAAUUGACACAUUGCAGGCUUUAGCUAUUUUUAAACCUACAGAUGUUCAAAAAGGAGUAAUUCCUCCAAUCUUAAAAGGCCAUGAUUGCAUAGGUGGUGCUAAAACUGGUUCUGGUAAAACAGCUGCAUUUGCACUUCCAAUUCUCGAGAGUUGGUCUAGGGAUCCAUCUGGUAUUUAUGCUGUUAUCUUAACCCCUACAAGAGAAUUGGCUAUUCAAAUUGACGAACAGUUUGCUGCGCUCGGAUCAAACAUGAGCUUGAAACAUACCCUUAUCGUUGGUGGAAUGGAUAUGAUAGCUCAGGCAAUUGCAUUAUCACGAAGGCCGCAUGUAGUUGUUGCUACUCCAGGCCGUUUAGCCGAUUUAAUUCGAAGCAACGGACCCGAAACUACAGCUGGUUUGCAAAGAGUAAAGUUUCUUGUUAUGGAUGAGGCUGAUCGAUUACUUUCUUCUACCUUUGCCGAUGAUUUAGGAGACUGUUUCUCAAGUCUUCCACCUUCAGAAAAUCGACAAACUCUUCUAUUUACGGCCACUAUCACAGAUGCAAUUCGACAACUAAAAGAAAAGCCAACAAAGGGGAAUAAGCCUCCCCUUUGCCUUUAUGAAAUUGAAUCUGAUAAAAUUUCGGUUCCUUCAACCCUGCAGCAAGAUUAUGUUUUUGUUGCUUCACACGUUCGUGAGGCGUAUUUAGUACACUUGCUUUCAAUUCCCGAAAACGCUGAGAAAUCUGUAAUCAUCUUCGUCAAUCGCACCCACACCGCUGAGCUUAUUUAUUCAAUGCUUCGUUUACUGGAAUUUCGAAGUACGGAAUUACAUUCCCAAAUGGCUCAACGAGAACGUAUUAAUUCUUUAGGACGAUUUCGUGCAGAGGUUGCUCGAAUUUUGGUCGCCACAGAUGUCGCCAGUAGAGGUCUGGAUAUUCCAUCUGUGCAAUUAAUUAUCAAUUACGAUCUACCUCGUGAUCCUGACGAUUACAUCCACCGAGUUGGUCGUACAGCUCGUGCUGGAAGAUCCGGUCAGGCUAUAUCUGUUGUUACAGAACACGAUGUGGAACUGGUUCAUGCCAUUGAAGAUCGUGUAGGAUCAACGAUGUCCGAGUAUGAACAUGCCUCUGAGAACAAGGUUUUGGAGCGUUUGAAGGAAGUAACUGAUGCUAAGCGUCAAGCCUCUCUGGAAAUGAUUGAUCGCGGUUUCGGUGAGCGUAGACAAAAGCAGAAAGAAAAACAAUUAAUGGCCAGUGGCCACUUGGGUAUCAAUGACAGUAGAAACAAAAGAAGAAAAAAUAAGGGCACUAAAAGUGACCAAAAGAUGAAAAAAACAAGAAAUUAA